AUGCCAAGGAAAGAAGAGAUCCAGAAGGACAUUGAAGACGACCGUGAACACGACGAGAAAAAUGUCAAGUUGCAGGCUCUCAAAAAUGUGGGGAGAGGACUGCUUGAAGUCGCAGACGUUGUGGUGGAUGUAGCUGCCGAUGUGUUCUCCCCGGUCGGCGUUUGUUUCAAGGCUGUGAAGUUGGUUUUGCAGUUAUCUGCAGCUUGCAAAAAGUCGCUUUUCGCUGAAAGCUUGCAAACACUUUUGUCGUCCAAGGGUGAAAGAGUCAUCAGAAUAUUUGCUCCAUAUGCCACUGGCAUCAGCCCUGAUGCUCAAGACUUGAUGUCAGAGAGUUUGAAGUCUACCUUGUAUCAGCUCAUGGUACAUUUCCUCUCCAUCUGCGCAGACUGCGCGAUCGCGACCGGGCUGCCGAAGCCAAAGCGUCUCCGAGGGAAGCUCAGCAUGUACAAACGGGUGGUCACCAGAGUCAUCGCGGGCGACGCAGCAGCGGUCAAAGCUAGAGAAGAGAGGUUAGACGAUCUGCUAGGACAACUCAAGGCUACAAUACCAGCGAAUACACACGCAGAUGUAUUGGAAGUGAAAGCUGCAACCCAGGGGCUCGUGGACCAAUUCAGCCGCCAUACGAGCCUCAGCCUAGAUGACUCGAAUCUGACGAGAAUCAAGGAACACCUCGGUUUCGACCACCACAAUCGUAACUGGGGCUACUGGAAACGAUCCUACAAGUCUCUUCUAGAUUCAACUCUUGUGGACACGGGAGAGUGGAUCAAGAGCAACGAAGACCUGGUAGAAUGGAGAGAUGUCGACAAAAGUGUUCCGAACGUCGUACUCGCCUUGGAGGCCCCUAACGGCAGUGGGAAGACCCACGCAUGUUUUUGGCUUUUAAGGCAUCUCGUCGACCUACAGAAGAAUUCAGACAACCAGACAACACGUGCCAAUGUAGCUCACUGCUUCUUCGAGAGUCCUGGCGAUACUGAAAAGAUCGCUGGCAGCAGCGAAACUGGCAUGUCUCUUCGAGAUGCGUUGGCUGGAUUGGUGCUUCAAUUGACUGAGACGGACGUUUCUUUUCGCACCUUUGUGGCUAAACAAUGCCACCAAGUAGGUAACACCACCUACAAUGGCCAUGAUAUCUGGGACAACCUGAUUAUGGACUAUUUGAUGGCUUUCUCCAAGCAAUCAGGACAGGAUGCCAAUGAUCGUAAGAAAAGCGACACCAAAGCUGGCAGAAUCUUCUUCUUGGUCAUUGAUGGUCUUGAAAUGGCACAAGGAAGUCAGCAAGAUGAGGACAACACCGUGUUGGUUCGACACAUCAUCGAGUCGAUCAGGUGUCAUCAAAACCAGACGAGCUCAAUGAACGCCAAGCGGAACCAGCCCUUCCAAGUGAGGUUGUUCAUAAGUGGCACGGAAGAUUACCUGAAAAAAGUUUCCACCCCUGGUUGCGUGCCGAGAGUUUCGCUUUGUGAAUGCAACGCGAACGAUCUGAAUGCAUUCAUCGGCAAAAAAGGGCAGCCAGCGCUGUUGAAAUUGGAAGACGCGAAGUCCCGAUUGGAGAAGAAGUUGAGACUGCUGGCCAGAAGUGGGAGACUGAGAAUCUCGAUGAAAACAAUCGACAUUGACCUGUUCCGCAAGAAAUUGAUUGAGGAGUCCAAGAACAACUAUAUCAAGCUUCAGUCAUAUCUUGAGGCAAUUGAACGUGCGAGUGACAAAAAACUCGAAGAGAUUCUGUCGAGCGAUUCAUUAAGCGAGGUUUACAUCAUUGAUUCAGUCCGGAACAGUAUCGAUACUCUUGCCAAGGAGCUACGAACACAGAGUCAAGAGAUCGAUGUUCUCAAUGAGAUCCUUCCCUGGAUAGUGCUUCCAAAGGAAGGGCGGCCAACAGUAGCCCAGCUUGAGUCUGUGCUGCGUUUGAAGUAUGGCAGGGCGGUGAAUAUCAAAGAACGCAUUGAACAGAAGUACAAGUCCAGGUCACUUUUAUGGUGCAGAGACGAUGUUGUCUUUAUGUCCUCCAACGCCUUGGAUUAUCUCAAGAGGGAGGGCGGCACCGCAACGGAUAAUCCGAUCGCUACGUCAGGCCAGACCAACAAUGUCCAGAAGCCAAACAGGGCAAUCUUGCACCGAGCACAGCAACCCGAGAGCAAUGAACGGGCGCUUCGUCGAGAUGCCAUGCCAUCUUACAGCGGUGAAUCAUCCUUCGAGAAGUACAGUCAUGGUGAGCCCUCGGGUAUUUCAUACCACCGGGUAGAUGGGCACUGUCGUAUCAUACUCAGUCUCUUGAAAGCAGUAUGUCCUGCAAACGCGAAGAUUGCAGAGCCUCUCCACGAUUACGCAAUCAAUAAUAUGCUAUGGCAUCUCAGCGAGGUGAACCCAGCUGAGAUUCUCACGCUAGGAGUCGAACGCAAAAGAGAAAUCGGCCGUUGGCUAUACGUUUUCUUCAUGAAUGAGAAUUCUGUUCGUGUGUGGUUUAGGGAGGAACGAUUGAGCUCCAUUCUAGGAGAUGAUUGGUGGGAGUCCUUGGACGCAGUUUUAAGGUGGUUUCAAGACGUCGAAGUGGCAGAAGGGGCCUUGUCAGUGCUGGGGACGGGCGGCUCUUCGUUGAUUCUUGAACGAAAGGACCUUUUGGAGCGCGCAUCGGAGAUAUUGGCAUCAGAAUGGCUUCUCAAGAGCAGCUGGGAUGCAGCAAAAGCGUUCAGGCGGAUAGCUCAACUCCCAAAAGAGAUUGUCGACCUUGAAAUGUCUGACCAAAUGCGCGAUCGAAUCCGCUAUGAUCCCGACGACAACGAAGGGAUCACCUUUGAGCAUGUUCGUGCAGCGGAAAGGUGGGCGCAGACGAAGCUGAAAGAAAACAAGACAAAAGCCCUGCGACACACCCGUAUCGCUGAAACUAUGGUUUUCUAUGACAUGUGGGACGGUGUACCCUCCAGGUGCCAAAAAGCGUUGGAAAACGAUUCUCAGAACUGGAAAGCAAAGUGGUAUCUGGCUCGGUCUCUGCAGCGCCAGAACGAUCAUGCGGGCGCCGUGCACCAAUUACUUGAGCUCAUGAACUUAUUCAAAGACAAUCCUGGAAUCAAAAAAAAGUACCAUUCCGCUUUCGAGGAUAUUUUCAAACGUUUCCUGGAUUCCUCACAAGAUCUUGAUGAUAAGGGGCCCAUACAAACAUUCCUGAAAAGCUUCAUCGACAAGCCUGUGUCGGACCCCAACCUCAUCGCUAUUACUUUGAGGCAGUUGAAAGAAGCCGAGUACGCAAACAGCAUAGAAACCUUCUUUCGCAACUUGCUUGAACGAGAAUCCGGACAGGGUUUUAUCGAGCUUCUCUUCAGAUUCGCGGAAGACAAAUCCUUUCACGAAAAUCUUUCUAACAAGCUACGAAACAUACCAGACCUCUUACUUCAAGGAUAUCGCAGAGCAAUCUAUCAAGCACACCAGAAAGCUCAGACUGCCGACUCUCUCUCAGAAUCAAGACUCGCUCAUCUGCGGUACUAUCUUGCCGUCGCGCUGCUGUACCCCCGUCUUCCCGACUCCGCAUCUCGCGCGACUGUGGCAGGAGCGAUGGUAACGGAUGGUCUUGAUCAAAAACUCAGAAGCAUCGAAGAAGCUCGUCAAGUCCUACAGAGAAGCGUGAACCGAUGGAAACGGCGUGACUGUCCGCAAGAUGUCGAGAAAAUCAUUUUGGGAAAGAGCACCAGGGCUCUUGGGUUCGCUUACGUCGAAUGGGCUCGUGCUCAAUCACAGUUGACAGAUGGACUAGUCGAACCCGAGUUGAGAGACGGACUUCCCAAACUCGAGUUAUUGAAACAACAACAAGAUGAACGGCUUGUCGAGCAAGACCUACGCUUCGCAACCCUUGUUGCACGAACUUACCGUCAUCUUGGCAAGGGGUCCCUCGCCGAGAAGCAUACACGAAGGGUGAUCGAAAUUGCUUUUGCUAUCCUUGAUGACGACAUUCCCGACAACGACUGGGAGGGAUAUGACAUACUGGCGCAAGCUCUCGCAUCCUUGGGCCGGGAAAAAGACGCCCUUGCAGCAUGGUCUUUGGUGUCUCAAGCUGUUGAAGACGAGGACGACAACAGCCGUAGUAUCGAUGACAAAGACAAGCCAUCAAAGGGAACCGCCAUCAGUAUGAACAGAUCAGUGAUAAAUGUCACUACUGAUAGAGUCACGGGCUUCGAUGGAGAUGAUGAUUCCGAUGAUCGAUCAGAACUGGGCUAUGAAGACGAUCAAGCCAUCACGGGGUCAGUGACGCAACAACCUGCACAGCCUCACAGUGGGGUGUUUUUCGUCUGUAACGGUAAUUGUGGCUAUGAGUGGCAAGGACGUAUUGAACAGGACAUGUAUCUGUGUAUGGACUGUGCCAAUGUAAGAUUAGAACAUGGCUGUCUCAAGAAGCUUGAGGACGCAAAGCUUGCGCGUCGAAUUUGCGCUCCAGACCACAAGUUUCUUCCUGUCGAGAAGUGGACGAAAGAGGGGUCGCCUGGAGUUGGGAAGGACAAAGUGAAAGUUGGACAUGAGGUUUUCAGUGUUAAGGACUGGCGAGAAGGGAUCAGGAAGAAAUACCUGCAAUAA